AUGGCCUUGUCACCUUUAUAAUUGAACCUCAAGCACUACACUCUAGAUGAAGUUUUUAAUCUAUCUGGAGGUUUUGAUUAUCUUGUUUGGCAACCAGUUUAUAUGUGUCCUAAUGAAGAUGGAUCAAAAGCUUAAUGUGAUUCAGAAUAGGCAUGCAAGAACAAGAAUUCUUAUGUAGAUUGGAGCAAUCAGUACUCACUAGAUAACUGGGUAAACGAUUUCAAUCUCAAAUGCACACCAUAGUCAACUCUAAGUCAAGUUACAUUCUUUUUUUAUCUGGGAUAUACAUUCGGAUGCUUUUUCAUUCCAAGAUUUCUUGAUCUAUAUGGACGUAAAUGGCCCUUUAUGCUCUGUUUAAUAGCUUAACUUCCUAUAUAUGUGGGAAUAAUCCUAUCUAAAAGUUUGUACCUUAAUAUGGCCCUUUCCUUUAUGAUUGGAAUAUGCACUGUAGGAAGAUAUAAUGGAGGCUAUAUUAAUAUUUCAGAGUAUGUUCACACUAAGUAUAAAAAUGCUGUUUCCACCCUACUCUUAGUUGCUGAAUAGCUUUCCGUCAUAUUUAUAGUUCUUUACUUCAAGUUUAUCUCUAAAAACUGGCAGGGACUUCAAAUCAUUGGAGUGUCUAUAAACUUCAUUAGUAUAAUAGGGUGUUACUUUUUGCCUGAAAGUCCUGAAUAAGCUUAUUCAUUUUAUGAUUUUAGAAAAACAAAGCAAGCCUUUAGAUACAUAGCAAAAUUUAAUCGAUCUAAAAUGGACUCAUACUAUCUCUUCGACAUUGAGGGAGAAAUGAAAUCUCUAAGAUAGAGUAUUAGUAAUAAGAAAAAGUUGACUAUUGAUUAAAAUAUCAAGGAGAAGUUUUACUCGAAAUCUAUAGAAAUGCAGCAAAACUUGAGAUCCUCAGUUAGAGCUUUUAUCAAAGAUAGAACGCUUGUCCGAAACCUUAUCAUUUCCAUAUUUCUAUGGAUGUGUACCUUCUUAGGUUACAACAUAGCGUAUGGCCAUGAUAACUAUUUCCCAUCAGAUUAAUUUGAUAAUGAUAUGGCUAAUGCUACAUCAGAGAUUGUGGCCUUUCUAUUGGCUGGAUACAUUUAUUACAAGAUUGGAGCCAGAAAGUUUUUCUUUAUUUUUUACCUAGUGGCCCUACUGGGUGGUAUUCUAGUAUUUGUAUUGGAUUAAUCUAAGUAUAAGGAGCUUGAUAUGAUCUCUACAUUUGUGACUAGGUUCGGAGUAGCAGCAACAUAUUAAGGGGUAUAUCUGGCAAACGAUCUAUUUCCAACUAUAUUUGCUUCUACUUCAUUUGGAGUUUGCAAUAUUUUUGCUGGGCUUGCUGGUGCUCUCUCAACCUAGAUUAAAUUAUUAGAAGAUGGCCCUAUGAUGAUAACCUACUUGUUCAUUAUCCUCUUUGCUGUUAUAGUGAGCUUAAUUUUAGUAGAUUCUAAACCUACAUCAGUAUUAGUGUAGCAAUAGAAGAUUUAAUUCAAAUAAGAUUAAGAAGGCAAAAGUGUGAUGCCUUAGGAAUUUUAGGAGGAUUAUACAAUGGUGGAAGAAGAAGACGAUGAAAACGUAGAUGAUGAAGAUAUUGAUAUCGAUAUCUAAAUUAAUGCUUCAAAAGGCAAAUACAAGAAAAGUAAUUCCAGAGCAGAGUCACUUGAUCGAACUUGA